GAGUUUUAUUCAGGACACCUAUGCCGAACUUUGUUCAAUAAAGGGUGUCUCUAAGUGUCAGUUAUAUACUCAGAGUUAUACUCCUAUCAAUUAAACUGUGAUUAUAGUUUAAUUUACCUUCUAGCAAACUGUUCUACCGUUUAGUAGCAGGUAUGCAUUUCCCCACCACUAUUUAAGCUUGUUGUGUGAAAGAAAGAUAGUGAAGUUUUUUUUUUUUGGGUAGAAUGGACGCUGCGAAAUUUGCAGGAAUGGAGAGUAGAGCUAAAGAAGAAGUCGAGGUGCCGAGAGACACCUAUAGGCUUGCAUACACAAUCCACUUCCUGCUGGGUGCAGGAAGCCUGCUGGCGUGGAACGCCCUGAUCACGGCUGUGGAUUACUUUGAGUACUGCUACCCGGGCCUGCACGUCGAGAAGGUCUUCUCCGUGGCGUACAUGAGCUCCUCCCUGGCAACCAUGGUUAUGGUGCUUGUGGGAUUUGGGAGGCAUAACACUAAUACAAGAAGCUGGUUCAGGCUCAGAAUGAACUUGGGGUUUUCCAUGUUUGUUCUGUCUCUCAUGCUCACUCCAACCAUGGAUUGGUGGCUCAAGAAGAAGGAGCUGACUAAUAAGUGUGCUGCUCCGUACUCUGCUGUGGUUUUAUCGGUGGUAAUAUGCGGUAUAGGGGAUGGUUUGGUUGGUGGAACGCUGUUCGGCUCUGCUGGGAAGCUGCCUAAGCAGUACAUGCAAGCCAUCUUUGCUGGCACUGCUUCUUCAGGGGUUUUUAUAUCUGCAUUGAGAGUCAUAACAAAAGCGUCGCUUCCCCAAACACCACAGGGUCUGAAAACCAGUGCACACUUCUACUUCAUAGUGAGCACGGCCAUACUGGUGGGUUGCAUCGCCUGUUCAAACCUCCUCCACAAGCUGCCUGUGAUGCAGAAGCAUUACAGGCUUCUCCAAGUCGAUCAGAAGUCGAGCCCGAAGCCCAGGUUCUGGAAUGUUGCAAGAGCGAUCAGAUGGCCCGCUUUCGGGAUCUUCAUGAUUUACACUGUCACUUUGUCAAUCUUCCCGGGAUUCCUCGCAGAGAACAUACAUUCGGAGAUGCUUCAAGAUUGGUACCCCAUUCUGCUCAUCUCUGUGUAUAACAUUUCAGAUUUCUUGGGGAAGUCGAUGACGGGAAUCUAUGUUGUGGAGAGCAUUGGGAAGGCAACAUGGGGUUGUGUUGGGAGGGUUUUGAUGUACCCAUUGUUUAGUCUCUGCCUCCACGGCCCGAACUGGUUGAAGACCGAGACACCUAUUAUAUUUCUGACCAUAACUCUGGGAGUAACCAAUGGCUACUUUACCAGUGUUCUUAUGAUUCUUUCCCCCAAGUCCGUGCCGCUUUCUGAAUCAGAAAUAGCUGCCAUUGUGAUGGCAGUUUUUCUGGGUAUAGGUUUGGUUUCGGGCUCAGUUCUUGGCUGGAUUUGGAUCAUAUGAACUUUGAAUUGUGUCAUGUGAAACAUGAAAUGUAAAACUUUUUUGUUUUCGUUUAUGCGUGCACCAGACAACGUUUGGAACCUGUGGUUUUGCCAUUGGGUUGGAACUUGGAAGGGCAUGUUAGUUUUGAUCGUUCUGAAUGUAAAAUUAGAAGCAGGUUAUAUGAAGGAAGAAGUUUGAUAAGCAGGUCUUAAUACUGCCUCAGUAUUUGUUUGCAACAUAUUCCUCUUUGGGUUUUUUUAUUUGCAAUAUUUUCAUCUA